CCCAGCGCUCUGACUCACGGAGCGAAGGGAAAAUGCUGAAGUUUUUCAGUCCGCGGGAUGAUGAGAACGAAAGUCUGCUGGGAGCCAUAACAGAAGAUGAAGGAGACCAUCCAUCUCUCCAAGACACAAAGCAGCACUGGCUCAAUAGGCCUUGCCUGCUUGUGCUCAAAGAUGAAGAUGCACUCAAAUCAGGAACGCCAGAGUCUCCUUCUAAAACUGCUACAGACGUUCCAAGAGAGGGAACCCAGGAUCCGAAAACAUGUGACCCUCCGGCCAAGACGCCUUCACCCUCUCCACUGCAGACCAAACCCCAGAAGGUGCUCAAACAGCUGGAGGAGGGGAGCUGCACCAUCACAUCUAUUUCCACUUGGUCUGAGGAGGGAUUUGGAGAGGCUGCCAGCCCCCUGGUGCUGAGUCCUGCUGAAGCUGCUUGGCCAGAGGAGGAGGAUGGGGAGAAGGAGCCCCAGAAGGUGAUUUCUAAAGAGGACUCUGUGGUUGAGGAGAAAGAGCUGGAGGAGACCAGACUGGAGCAGUGUGAUCCAAAUGCUGAAGAUACCAGAGGAAGCCAAGGGACAUCAUGUAGUGAUCCAGAAGAGUGUGGGGAUGGGUCCGCCGAGGGGCACACAGCAGCCUCUCUGCAGGACCCUGAUAAUGAUUCUCGGCAGCCUAGUCCUGUUGGCAUUCUGUCCAGGGACCGCAGCUCGGUUCUGGGAGAGGUGGCCCCUGUGUGGAUCCCAGAUGCCCAGGCUCAGGUGUGCAUGAGGUGUGGGGUCCGCUUCACCUUCACCAAGAGGAGGCAUCACUGCCGCGCCUGUGGGAAGGUUUUCUGUGCAUUGUGCUCCAAUCUCAAGUUCAAGCUCACACACCUCGAUGGAAAGGAGGGUCGUGUUUGUGUGGCAUGCCACUCUACUUUGGUUAACAGGACACCUCCAAAGGGAAAGCGGAGGGUGUGGUUUGCAGAUGAAAUCCUGAGUAGUCAACAGUCUGAGUCUGCUCCCACCACACCAAUUGCUCAAGCGCUUAACUUCCUUCACACUAAAGGCAUUGCUCAUAGAGACCUCAAGUUAGAAAAUAUACUUUGUGAAUACACAGAUAGGGUUUCUCCAGUGAAGAUAUGCGACUUCGACCUUGGGAGUGGAGUGAAACUCAGCAGUGCUUGUACCCCCAUAACUACUCCAGAACUUACUACACCAUGUGGCUCAGCAGAGUACAUGGCCCCAGAGGUAGUAGAGGUGUUCACUGAUGAAGCCUCUUUCUAUGACAAGCGCUGUGACUUAUGGAGUCUUGGUGUUAUCCUCUACAUUCUUUUAAGUGGAAGUCCUCCAUUCAUUGGGCACUGUGGCAGUGACUGUGGCUGGGACCGCGGAGAGACCUGCCGAACAUGCCAGAGCAACCUGUUUGAGAGCAUUCAACAGGGAAAGUACGAGUUUCCAGAUAAGGACUGGUCCCACAUUACAGAAGGUGCUAAGGAUCUCAUAUCAAAACUGCUGGUACGCGAUGCAACUCUUCGACUUAGUGCUGCUCAGGUCCUCAUGCACCCUUGGGUACAGGGAAAUGCUCCAGAGAGAGGUCUUCCAACUCCUCAUGUAUUACAAAGGAACAGCAGCACCAAAGACUUGACCCAGUUUGCAGCAGAAGCCAUUGCCUUCAACAGGCAGCUGUCCCAGCACGAUGAGAAACAAGAAGACAUAGAAGCCAUCGUGUGCUCCAUGAGGCUGUCCCCUCCCUCCAACUCCAGACUCGCCCGCAGGCGGGCCCAGUCCAGUGCCCUGCGCACCAAGGACUUUGCACCUGCUUCAGAUGACCUUGCAGGCUAACUGGCCCACACAGAUCUGAUCUGUAAACUCUGGUUUCCUUCCCACCUUUUAUGUGUUUUAGUAUUUCCAUUGGGGGCCUUAAAUCAUGUUAUUACUGAGUAACUGUUCCUGGUGGUAAAGCUCUUUUCCAUGGCCAGUAAUCUCAUUUCCUGGAUGAGAGUAAAAGCAAGGGAACAGUUAAUCUUUGACCAUUGCCUCUUAAUUUAGGUCAAAACUAACAGAUACAGAAACAGUAUUGAUGAUUUUAAAGUAUUUGAACAAAGCUACAUUUUAUAAUAUUUACAUUUUCAAAAUCAGACCCGUUAUAGCAUUACUUUUUUAUUAUAGUCAGGGUUACUGUUUUUAUUUUAUUUAUUUCUAUUGCUUUAAUUGGGAAUUUUAUGUAAAUGAUUCAUAGCUUUUACUGAAAAGGUUUGUGAAAGGUGUUUAUUUAUUAUGUACGAAUUAAUGGUUUUGAUGAGGCUGGUUGCUGAAACAGUUUUACUUUUACAGGUUGCACUUGAGUACUUUAAAGUAAGAUUUUUUUUUUUUAAAUGAUGAAUAUUCUGGUAUAUAUGAUGUGCAUGUGCAAUACUGGAUAUUUAUCUGGGAUUAAGGAUAGUGUUUUACCUCAAAGUAAUGUCUGAACAUGUGUUACUGUACAAAGUAAGCUGAUCAAAAGCCGUGUGAUUUCAUUUUUAUGAGUAUGAAUGUUUUGGGAUUUGUUUUUUAUGAUUUUGGUAAAGUGAAAGGGAAGUAAGUGAAUGGUGGAUAGGCUAAAGUUUUUAUUUAUUAUUAUUAUUAUUUUUUUUUUUUUUGAGUCCAUAAAUGUUAACUGAUUUUAUUUUUCAUAUUUUAGGAUUUACCUUAAUGAGAAAUAUUUUUUACAGUUUUUUUAAUUUGAUUUUUUUCAGUCUUAACCUCAAAAUGACAAUUCCCUGAUUGCUCAUAGUUGCCAUGGACACCUCAUCCCUAUAGCAACAAAGGGCCUUCGUUGGCUGGAGGAAUUGUACAAGAUUUGCUCAGAGUGAAUAAACACAUGAGGAAACCAGCACUUGUUGCGUUAAA